AUGUCAGAUCUUCCUGUGGAUUUGGAAGAGGAAAUACUCUCUAGGGUUCCAACCACAUCUCUGAAACGAUUAAGAUCUACAUGCAAACGAUGGAACGCUCUACGAUUCUCCGAGAAGCACCUUUGUAAAGCUCCAAAGCAGUCUCACGUUCUCAUGUUUAAGGAAUAUUAUAGGCUUUGUCCAAUGAGUGUCGAUCUCAACGUUGUUCCUCCAUCUAUAGGGUUUAAAGAUGCACUAAGCCUAAAGAAUGCCCAUUCUAAUUCAGGACAAGUGGAUAUAGCUCAAGUUUUUCAUUGCGACGGUUUGUUGUUAUGCAUAACCAAGAUCGAUAAUAAACCUGUGAUUUGGAAUCCGUGUUUAGGGGAAAGCAGGUGGAUCAAACACGAAAAUGGCUACGAUAGAAACUGUGAGUUUGCUCUAGGAUACGCAAACAACCAAUCUUGCCGCAGCUACAGAGUCUUGAGGUUUUACCAAACAGACGACCUAGUAGUUGCCGGGCCAGAAAUCUAUGAAUUUAACUCUAAUUCAUGGAGAGUUGUUAAUGCUCCCAACUGCCUCAGAAUAUGCAAAAAGUAUCGUGGCGUGACUUUGAAGGGAAGUACUUACUGGCUUUUUUAUGAUGGUGACAAAGACAGUGACUACUUACUCAGUUUUGAUUUUACAAGAGAGAUAUUUAGACGUCUACAUCUUUCGACAUCGCGUGAUUAUUAUAUGGCUCUAUCAGUUGUUAGACAAGAAGAACUCUCGGUGUUAAUUGAGAGCAUUGGUUCAUAUGAGUUGGAGAUUUGGGUGACCAAGAAAAUUGAUACUGAAGCAGAGUUUUCAUGGAGCAAAUCCUUUGCAGUGGACUUACGCAAUACUCCCCGUAAUGUGUUGUCUUCUGUUUUCAUGAUAAGUUUUUUAAUCGACGAGGAGAAGAAAGUCGCCUUAUGUUGUAGUUCAAGUUUUGCGAUCAGAAGGACCGUGGUAUUCACUCUUGGAGAGGACGAUGAAUACGCAAAAGUCCUUUAUGAAAAAGAAAUACGGUUCUUGCCUAGUGGACUCUAUUGGAGGCCAUUUAUUUUCAACUAUGUUCCAAAUUUGGUUCAAAUCCAAUAA